AUGGGGAAGGAGCAGGAGCUGCUGGAGGCGGCCCGCACCGGGCACCUCCCGGCCGUGGAGAAGCUGCUGUCCGGGAAGCGGCUCUCCUCAGGCUUCGGGGGCGGCGGCGGCGGCGGCGGCGGCUCCUCCGGGAGCGGCGGCAGCGGCGGCGGCGGCGGCGGCCUCGGGUCCUCGAGCCAUCCCCUCUCCAGUCUGCUGAGCAUCUGGAGGGGGCCAAACGUGAACUGUGUUGACAGCACUGGGUACACACCUCUACACCAUGCUGCUUUGAAUGGCCAUAAGGAUGUGGUUGAGGUUCUUCUGAGGAACGACGCGCUGACCAAUGUGGCCGAUUCUAAAGGCUGUUACCCUCUGCACUUGGCAGCCUGGAAAGGAGAUGCCCAGAUAGUGCGGUUGCUCAUCCAUCAAGGGCCCUCACACACCAGAGUCAAUGAGCAGAAUGCUCUUGAGAUCAAAGAAUUCAAAAAGUACGGCCCCUUUGACCCUUAUAUCAAUGCCAAGAACAACGACAACGAGACGGCCCUGCAUUGUGCAGCGCAGUACGGCCACACGGAGGUGGUGAAGGUCCUCUUAGAGGAGCUAACAGACCCCACCAUGCGCAACAACAAAUUUGAGACACCGCUGGACCUGGCGGCGCUGUACGGGAGACUGGAGGUGGUGAAGAUGCUCCUGAACGCACACCCCAACCUCUUGAGCUGCAACACUAAGAAGCACACCCCCCUGCACUUGGCAGCGAGGAACGGCCACAAAGCCGUGGUCCAGGUCCUCCUGGACGCCGGCAUGGAUAGCAACUACCAGACGGAGAAGGGCAGUGCUUUGCAUGAGGCUGCUUUGUUUGGCAAGACCGAUGUGGUGCAAAUCCUGCUGGCUGCAGGAAUUGAUGUCAACAUAAAAGAUAACCGUGGACUGACUGCCCUAGACACCGUCCGGGAACUGCCUUCUCAAAAGAGCCAGCAGAUAGCAGCACUGAUUGAAGAUCACAUGACUGGAAAAAGAAGCGCAAAAGAGGCAGAUAGAACCCCCACAUCCCAGGGACCUGUCAUCUCCAGUAUGGACUCCAUACCCCAGAAAUCUCAGGGUGACGUGGAGAAAGCAGUGACCGAACUGAUCAUUGAUUUUGACACAAACGCUGAAGAGGAGGGUCCCUACGAGGCGCUCUACAAUGCUGUCUCCUGCCAUUCGUUGGACAGCAUGGCCAGUGGGCGAUCGUCUGACCGGGACUCCAUGAGCAAGGAGGCCGAGGCAGCAGGAGUGAAAGCUGCUGGAGUGAGGCCUAGGGAACGUCCACCGCCUCCAGCAAAGCCACCACCUGAUGAAGAGGAGGAAGACCGUAUAGAUAAGAAGUAUUUUCCAUUGACAGCUUCUGAGGUCUUGGCCAUGAGACCCUGGAUUCAGGGAAGUGCAGCCAGGGAAGAGGACGAGCAUCCUUAUGAGCUCUUGUUAACAGCAGAAACAAAGAAGCUGGUAUCCGUGGAUGGAAGACCAAAAGACCACAGGCGGAGCAGCAGCAGCCGGAGCCAGGACUCUGCGGAGGGGCAGGACGGGCAGGUCCCAGAGCAGUUCUCAGGUCUCCUCCACGGCUCCUCCCCGGUGUGUGAGGUGGGGCAGGACCCUUUCCAGCUGCUCUCUGCCACUGGCCAGAGCCAUCCAGAAGGGUCCCCCGCACAGGGCGCCUGUCACGAGGCCAGCAUGCAGCUGGAGGAGACGGGUGUGCACGCUCCUGGAGCCUCCCCGCCCAGUGUCCUGGACCAGAGUAAGAGAGUGGGUUACCCAGCUGGCCUGCCCACCACCAACAGCCAAUCGCACCCCGAAACUUUGACUCACACGGCAUCUCAACACCCUGGUGGUGCCGAGGAAGAAAGAGACCGGAGUGGGGCUAGAAGCCGAGCCCCUCCCACCAGCAAACCCAAAGCUGAACUCAAACUCAGCCGCAGCUUGUCCAAGUCUGACUCUGAUCUCCUGACCUGCUCACCCACGGAGGACGCUACAAUGGGGAGCCGGAGCGAGUCCUUGUCCAACUGCAGCAUCGGGAAGAAGAGGCUGGAGAAGUCGCCCUCCUUCGCCUCGGAGUGGGAUGAGAUUGAGAAAAUCAUGAGCUCUAUUGGAGAAGGGAUUGACUUUUCUCAGGAACAACAGAAGAUCUCAGGUUCGCGGACGCUGGAGCAGAGCGUCGGGGAGUGGCUGGAGGCGGUUGGGCUGCAGCAGUAUGAGAGCAAGUUGCUUCUGAAUGGCUUUGACGAUGUCCGCUUCCUGGGGCCUAACGUGAUGGAAGAGCAAGACCUGCGGGAGAUUGGCAUCAGUGACCCACAGCACCGGCGGAAGCUGCUCCAGGCGGCACGGUCCCUGCCCAAGGUGAAAGCUCUGGGCUAUGACGGCAACAGCCCCCCAUCAGUGCCCUCCUGGCUGGACUCCCUCGGUCUGCAGGACUAUGUCCAUUCCUUCCUGUCGAGUGGCUACAGUUCCAUUGACACUGUGAAAAACCUCUGGGAACUGGAGCUUGUCAACGUCCUGAAAGUCCACCUGCUCGGCCAUCGCAAGCGCAUCAUCGCCUCCCUCGCAGACAGGCCCUAUGAGGAGCCACCCCAGAAGCCCCCGCGGUUUUCCCAGCUGAGAUGCCAGGACUUGCUCUCCCAGACAUCAUCCCCGCUGAGCCAGAAUGACUCCUGCACUGGCCGCUCCGCUGACCUGCUGCUGCCUCCUGGGGACACGGGCAGGAGGCGGCAUGACAGUCUUCAUGACCCUGCGGCAUCUUCUCGAGCGGAGCGCUUCAGAAUCCAGGAAGAGCACCGCGAGGCCAAGCUGACCCUUCGACCCCCCAGCCUGGCUGCCCCCUAUGCCCCUGUGCAGAGUUGGCAACACCAGCCGGAGAAACUCAUCUUCGAGUCCUGCGGUUAUGAAGCUAAUUAUCUGGGCUCCAUGUUGAUCAAAGAUCUUCGAGGGACAGAAUCCACCCAAGACGCCUGUGCCAAGAUGCGGGUAGGUUGUCCGGGGGGGGGGGAGGGACGGAGAAAGGUGGGUGACAUAAAGGGGCUGAGGUGUGCCUCAGGGGGCCCGAGAAUUCCAGACCCUGCUUUCCCCCGGCAGAACGUCAUCGCGGAGCAUGAGAUCCGGAACAUUUCCUGUGCGGCCCAGGACCCAGAGGACCUCUGUACCUUUGCCUACAUCACCAAGGACCUGCAGACCAGCCACCACUAUUGCCAUGUUUUCAGCACGGUGGAUGUGAAUCUGACCUACGAGAUCAUCCUGACGCUGGGGCAGGCGUUCGAAGUGGCCUACCAGCUGGCCCUGCAGGCCCAAAAGUCCAGGCCGAUGGGGGCCUCCGCUGCCGAGACGGUUGAAACAAAGUCUUCCAAACCGGUGCCUAAGCCUCGGGUUGGCGUGAGGAAGUCAGCAGUGCCGCUGCCCCCCGAUAGUCGCUGUUGUUACUGUCACACCUGCACCACCCAUCGUCCUUCUUACCUACCGCUGCCGUCUGUUAGUCCUGGAGUCAAGCUGGAACCGCCCGACACGGACCCAGAUGCCCAGUCCCAUGCCAGUGUCUCCUGGGUUGUGGACCCUAAACCAGACUCUAAGCGGAGCCUCAGCACCAAGUAUGAGACCACUAUCUUCUAA